UCCUGCGCCGCGUCCAGCCCGCCCGCCCGACCCCGGCCCGACCCCGGCCGGCCCCGCCCGCCCGGCCCCGGGGAGGGAUGCGGCGGCGCGGCGCCCAGGAUGCCCCGCAGCCCCGGGACGCGCCUCAAACCCGCCAAGUACAUCCCGGUGGCCACGGCCGCCGCGCUGCUGGUCGGCUCCAGCACCCUGUUCUUCGUGUUCACGUGCCCAUGGUUGACACGAGCUGUGUCCCCAGCCGUUCCUGUCUACAAUGGCAUCAUCUUCCUCUUUGUCCUGGCCAACUUCAGCAUGGCCACCUUCAUGGACCCUGGCGUCUUCCCCCGAGCGGAUGAGGACGAGGACAAGGAGGAUGACUUCCGAGCCCCGCUAUACAAAAACGUGGACGUGCGAGGCAUCCAGGUCCGCAUGAAGUGGUGUGCCACGUGCCACUUCUACCGCCCACCGCGCUGUUCCCACUGCAGCGUCUGUGACAACUGCGUAGAGGACUUUGACCACCACUGCCCCUGGGUCAACAACUGCAUUGGGCGCCGCAACUACCGCUACUUCUUCCUGUUCCUGCUGUCGCUCAGUGCACACAUGGUGGGCGUCGUAGCCUUUGGCCUGGUCUACGUGCUGAACCAUGCAGAGGGACUGGGCGCUGCUCACACGACCAUCACCAUGGCUGUAAUGUGUGUGGCCGGCCUCUUCUUCAUCCCUGUCAUCGGCCUAACUGGCUUCCACGUGGUGCUGGUCACUCGCGGGCGCACCACCAACGAGCAGGUGACGGGGAAGUUCCGCGGGGGCGUGAACCCCUUCACCCGAGGCUGCUGUGGGAACGUGGAGCACGUGCUAUGCAGCCCCCUGGCGCCCCGAUACAUAGUGGAGCCGCCCCGGCUGCCACUUGCCGUGAGCCUGAAGCCGCCCUUCCUUCGGCCUGAGCUCCUGGAGCGAGCUGCGCCGCUCAAGGUCAAGCUCAGUGACAAUGGGCUGAAGGCCGGCCUGGGCCGCAGCAAGUCCAAGGGCAGUCUGGACGGGCUGGAUGAGAAGCCGCUAGACCUGGGGCCGCCACUGCCCCCCAAGAUAGAUGCCGGCACAUUUGGCAGCGACCUGCAGACGCCGCGCCCAGGCAGCGCUGAGAGCACCCUGUCGGUGCAGAGGACCAGCCCCCCGACACCUGCCAUGUACAAGUUCCGGCCAGCCUUCUCCACUGGGCCCAAGUCACCCUUCUGCGGGCCGGGUGAGCAGGUCCCAGGCCCUGACUCCCUGACCCUGGGGGAUGACAGCAUCCACAGCCUGGACUUUGUGUCUGAGCCCAGCCUUGACCUCCCUGACUACGGCCCCAGCGGCCUCCACGCAGCCUACCCACCAUCCCCGCCACUCAGCGCCUCUGAUGCCUUCUCGGGUGCUUUGCGCUCCCUGAGCCUCAAGGCCACAGGCCGGAGGGGCGGGGACCACAUGGCCUUGCAGCCCCUGCGCUCCGAGGGUGGGCCUCCCACGCCCCGCCACAGCAUCUUCGCCCCCCACGCGCUGCCCAACCGCAAUGGCAGCCUCUCCUAUGACAGCCUGCUCAACCCGGGCUCGCCUGGCAGCCAUGUCUGCCCGGCCCACCCCUCAAUUGGCGUGGCCAGCUACCGCUCGCCCUACCUGCACCCUGGGGCUGCGGACCCGCCACGGCCCCCGCCCCGCAGCUUCAGCCCAGUGCUGGGCCCCCGGCCACGGGAGCCUUCGCCUGUGCGCUAUGACAACCUGUCCAGGACCAUCAUGGCGUCUAUCCAGGAGCGCAAGGACAGGGAGGAACGCGAGCGGCUUCUGCGCUCCCAGGCUGACUCGCUCUUCGGCGACUCAGGUGUCUACGAUGCGCCCAGUUCCUACAGCCUGCAGCAGGGCAGCGUGCUAUCCGAGGGCCCCCGUGGCCCCGUGCUGCGCUACGGCUCCAGGGAUGACCUCGUGGCUGGGCCUGGCUUUGGAGGCGCCCGCAACCCUGCCCUGCAGACGUCGCUGUCCUCGCUGUCCAGCUCUGUGAGCCGGGCACCGCGGACAUCCUCCUCCUCCUUGCAAGCUGACCAGGCCAACAACAACGCUGUGGGGACCCGGCCUGGCAGUGGCUCGCACAGGUCGCCUGUGCGCCAGGGUCUGCCUUCCCCGCCUGGCACUCCCCACUCACCCUCCUUCUCAGGCCCCAAGGCCGUCGCCUUCAUCCACACGGACCUCCCUGAGCCGCCGCCCUCGCUGGCCAUGCAAAGGGACCACCCUCAGCUGAAGACCCCCCCAAGUAAGCUUAACGGGCAGUCCCCAGGCCUGGCCAGGCUGGGGCCUGUCUCUGGCCCCCCAGGGCCCUCCGCCAGCCCCACCCGGCACACGCUGGUUAAGAAGGUGUCCGGCGUGGGUGGAACCACGUACGAGAUCUCGGUGUGAGGACUGACCACCACCCAUCGGCCGUGGCGCCACGGGGACCAGGGCCCCCAGCGGCCCUCCCUCCACCGACUUCUCUGCCCCAGGGACAGGAGGCCACCUCGGCCGGUGUGGACACAUCAGCAGGAGCGAGUGCCACGCCUCCACAGCUUGUCCCAAGCCUUCCGCCUGUCCAUCCACUUGUCUGCUCCCGGGGUGCGCAGGACCCCGGCCAGGCUGGGCCCAGGGCUGCCGGGCUGCAGGUCUGUGCAGCUGGGUCCCGUCAGCCGUCUGCCCCGGGCUGUAGCCAGGCCAGCCCACAGCAUCCCACAGCCCCACCCACUCCCCUUACAGAUGGGUCCCUGGGGCCCCACCACCCUCCCAACGCAGCCUCCCCCGCCAGGCUGCUCCUAAUGCGUUGCCUUUCACGGACCCACUGGAGACGUGUAGCUUGGCAGGGCCGGUGCUUCUGCAGGGAGUCCAUGCUCGUCUACUCCUGGUUGUGACAGACGGGUGGACAGACGGACAGCCAGCCAGCUGUGGCAGGGGUCCCAGCUCUGUGUGUCCCGUCUUGCCCGGCCAGCGGGCGCAUGUCCCCAUGUCUGUGUGCUGAGCUGCUGUGCCAUGUCCGAUGUGUUAGUGCUCCAGCCGCCGCCGUCCCUUCGUUGAAGCCUUAACCGCUGCUUUAUGCUCUUGUGGGAGGCGACAGAGGGCAGGCAGGAGCCGGCGCGGGCGACGCUGCCACAGGGGCGGGUGACACCCGGAGCCCUCUCCCUGGCCCUCAGGCCCUCCCUGCCAGACUGGAGUGUCCCUGCCCCUGGCAUGCCAGCCCCCAGCCCUGGCCCAGCGGCGGUGUGCGCCGCGUGGAAAGCACAUCGGGGAGGGGUCAGUGCUUCCCCUGGCGUCGGGGACCUGAGAGUAAGCACACGACAGCGUCCGCUUGCGUUGUGUCUGUUUUAUGUUUUUGUAUCUACAUCUAUAUAUCUAUAAUUUUAUUAAAAAAAAGAAAAAGA